AUGUUGGUUGGUACCCCCCAUCUGCUAACACUGGAUGAAGCUGAUGCCGCCUGGACCCUCAUCAAGGACAAGGUCAUUGAAGAGCGCUUUGGGUCCAAUGUAGUGGCGGUUCCUUUCCUGUCGGAUGCAGCCUGCUAUGACCUACUGGGAGUGCUAGUGAAACAGUCCCGCCCAGCACACACCCGCCUGGCUCUGCCAGGUCGGCAGGGCCGGAGGGCACUGAAACCAGUGGGGCCACUGCCAAACCUCCUGGAACAGGCAGGGUCUGAGUGUGCCUUUGCCCACUGCACUCGGGAAUACUCACCAAAUGGCCGGGCAGAGAUUGCCUAUGAAGAGAUGCGACUGUUGGAUGGGCAGCCCUGUCGGAUCCGCCUACAUAUGGGUGGCCUGCGCAAGAAGGUUGCCUUCCUGUUGCUGCCGCCAGGGCAGGUGAGCCUACAGCAGACUCUUCCCUGGCUCCGAAGCACCCACAGCAUCUAUGUCAUCUACCAGGUCUUCUCCUGCUCCUGGCUGCAGCUGGGGCUGUUGCCUACAGCCCGUGAGCCCCAGCUGCUCCGGUUACAGCGGUCAUUGCCUGUUGCCUUCUCCUGCCUUAAGUUUUCACUGCAGCCCAAAGGUGUGCUGGGACCACAGAAACCUCUGACUAAAGACCCAUUGCCCCAAGGAGCCAACUGGGUCAGACCCAACUUCAGCAUCAUGCCAACUCUGUCCCCAACAUCAGCACCUGCUGAUAUCCCCGAAGCUGUUGAUGUGCCCCCACCUGUCCCAGCCCCACCUACACCACCUCCCCAGGAAGGGCCAGAGGGAAGACCCACCAGAUUCUCCUACAAGAGCCGAAACCCCUUCCGGAGGGGGCCCCAGAUGUUGUCAGAGAACUGGCUCUUCAGCCCCCGCAGUCCCCCACCAGGAGCCCAGGGUGGGGGACCCGGGGAUCCCGACCGGCACUCCAUGUCCCUGCCCCUGCUGCAGGGUCUGUCCUCGGAGUUCGACAGCGACGACUGA